CGCCCAGGCUGGAGUGCAGUGGUGCAAUCUUGGCUCACUGCAAGCUCCGCCUCCCGGGUUCACGCCAUUCUCCUGCCUCAGCCUCUCCGAGUAGCUGGGACUACAGGCGCCCGCCACCACGCCCGGCUAAUUUUUUUGUAUUUUUAGUAGAGACGGGGUUUCACCGUGGUCUUGAUCUCCUGACCUCGUGAUCCGCCCGCCUCGGCCUCCCAAAGUGCUGGGAUUACAAGCGUGAGCCACCGCGCCCGGCCAAGUAUGCCAAUUCUCUUGUCCUCACAUUCAUUUGUCAUGUAUGGGGAUUAAACUAAAUGAUCACAAAGGCUUAUUUGAGUUUACAAUUGUGUAAUUUCCAUGUGACUUAUCCAGGUCCCAUGCCCCUCGGCCGCCCGGCUGCCUGGGUCGUCCGGGUUCUUCCGCCCCUCUGGCUCGGUCCCCGCUACGUCUCCCCUUUCUCCCCUCUCGGUACCUUCGCCCGCCGCGCGCCUUUCUCAAAUCCUCCGGUUAUUAAGCUCAGGGGUCCGGUGGCCCGCCCCGGUAACUCUGCGCCCGCCCCUUCCUGCCCCCUUCCUGCCCUCAGGCCCCGUCCCCUCCCCUUGACGUGGCAGAGGCGGCGCCAGCCAUGUUGGCCGGGCGGAGGUCUUCGCUGAGGCCCGGGGCGGGGUGGCGCCACCCGUGAUUGCGGUGCCACGGACUGCUCCUGCUGGGGGGAGAGGACAGAUUUUGCAAAGCGGAGGCUGCGACGGGUCCUGCAGGGGGACAUUAAGAAAUAAGAAUCAAACUCCACAAUGACAACCUAUUUGGAAUUCAUUCAACAAAAUGAAGAACGAGAUGGAGUCCGAUUUAGUUGGAAUGUUUGGCCAUCAAGUCGACUGGAAGCUACAAGAAUGGUUGUUCCUGUGGCAGCCCUGUUUACACCACUGAAAGAGAGACCUGACUUACCACCUAUUCAAUAUGAACCUGUUCUGUGUAGUAGGACCACUUGCCGUGCAGUUUUGAAUCCUUUAUGUCAAGUGGAUUAUCGAGCAAAACUUUGGGCUUGCAACUUUUGUUACCAAAGGAAUCAGUUUCCACCUAGUUAUGCUGGUAUAUCUGAACUGAAUCAGCCUGCUGAACUUUUACCUCAGUUUUCUAGCAUUGAAUAUGUAGUUCUGCGUGGUCCUCAGAUGCCUUUGAUAUUCCUCUAUGUGGUUGAUACUUGCAUGGAAGAUGAAGAUUUACAAGCCCUGAAAGAAUCCAUGCAGAUGUCAUUAAGUCUUUUACCACCUACAGCUUUGGUUGGACUUAUUACUUUUGGGAGAAUGGUUCAGGUUCAUGAACUUGGAUGUGAAGGCAUUUCAAAAAGCUAUGUCUUCAGAGGAACAAAAGAUUUGUCUGCCAAACAACUGCAGGAAAUGCUGGGGCUCUCUAAAGUACCAGUUACUCAAGCAACACGUGGUCCUCAGGUACAGCAGCCACCUCCUUCCAACAGAUUCUUACAACCAGUACAGAAAAUAGACAUGAAUCUCACAGAUCUUCUGGGAGAACUCCAGCGAGACCCUUGGCCUGUACCACAGGGAAAGAGACCUUUGCGUUCCUCCGGAGUGGCACUUUCCAUAGCUGUAGGACUGCUGGAGUGUACUUUUCCCAACACUGGUGCUCGUAUCAUGAUGUUCAUUGGCGGUCCUGCUACUCAGGGGCCUGGAAUGGUGGUCGGAGAUGAGUUGAAGACACCUAUAAGAUCGUGGCAUGACAUUGACAAAGACAAUGCCAAAUAUGUUAAAAAGGGAACUAAGCAUUUUGAAGCAUUGGCUAAUCGAGCUGCUACAACUGGCCAUGUUAUUGAUAUCUAUGCAUGUGCAUUAGAUCAGACAGGUCUCCUGGAGAUGAAGUGCUGUCCCAACCUUACUGGAGGAUACAUGGUAAUGGGUGAUUCUUUCAAUACGUCCUUAUUCAAACAAACUUUUCAAAGAGUCUUUACCAAAGACAUGCAUGGACAGUUUAAAAUGGGCUUUGGUGGUACACUAGAAAUAAAGACCUCAAGGGAAAUAAAGAUUUCAGGAGCUAUUGGACCCUGUGUGUCACUCAAUUCUAAAGGACCCUGUGUGUCUGAAAAUGAGAUAGGAACAGGUGGCACAUGUCAGUGGAAGAUAUGUGGACUUAGCCCCACUACAACCUUAGCCAUAUAUUUCGAGGUUGUCAAUCAGCAUAAUGCUCCAAUUCCUCAAGGAGGGCGUGGUGCAAUCCAGUUUGUGACUCAGUAUCAGCAUUCAAGUGGGCAGAGACGCAUCCGAGUGACCACCAUUGCUAGGAACUGGGCAGAUGCUCAAACUCAAAUCCAAAACAUUGCUGCAUCUUUUGACCAGGAGGCAGCUGCCAUUCUUAUGGCCCGGCUAGCAAUAUAUAGAGCAGAAACAGAAGAAGGUCCAGAUGUGCUUAGGUGGCUGGACAGACAGCUCAUUCGACUGUGUCAGAAAUUUGGAGAAUAUCAUAAAGAUGACCCAAGUUCCUUCAGAUUUUCAGAAACUUUCUCCCUUUAUCCACAGAGGAGAGACUUACCUAAAACCUCUGGUGAGAUCUUGGAGAACCAGGAAAAGGCAAGGUCUGCUUGUCUUAAGUUUAUGUUUCAUUUAAGAAGAUCUUCUUUCCUGCAAGUUUUUAACAAUAGUCCUGAUGAGAGUUCAUAUUAUCGUCACCAUUUUAUGCGUCAAGAUCUGACUCAGUCUCUAAUUAUGAUUCAGCCUAUCCUGUAUGCAUAUUCUUUUAGUGGACCACCAGAGCCGGUUCUUCUUGAUAGCAGUAGCAUUCUUGCAGAUCGUAUUCUUCUCAUGGACACAUUCUUCCAGAUUUUGAUUUAUCAUGGUGAGACCAUAGCACAGUGGCGGAAGUCAGGAUACCAGGACAUGCCUGAAUAUGAAAAUUUCCGCCACCUUCUGCAAGCCCCAGUGGAUGAUGCACAGGAAAUUCUUCACUCCAGAUUUCCAAUGCCAAGAUACAUUGACACUGAACAUGGAGGCAGCCAGGCCCGUUUCCUCCUUUCAAAAGUCAACCCUUCACAGACUCAUAAUAAUAUGUAUGCCUGGGGGCAGGAGUCUGGAGCACCUAUUCUUACAGAUGAUGUUAGUUUACAAGUAUUUAUGGAUCACUUGAAGAAACUUGCUGUGUCCAGUGCUGCUUGAAGUGCUAAACAUGUUAAAGACACUUAAGAAGAUGAAAUAAUAUUCAAAUUUCAUUUUUUCCUUUUUCCAUUUAUCUGUGGAAACCAACAGAUAUUGCUCUAUAUUUUUUGUAUCAGUAUGGUUUGAGACAACAUAUGGAAAAUGCUCACAUUUGUAGAUUAAGCUGGAAUUAUAAUGAGAGCAAUAAGAACAAAUUUAUUUUGCUUACCACAGUGUUAUAACUGGUUCUAGAAAUUUGAAGUCUUUAUAACUUAAUUAUGUUUAAUAAAAAUAGAGUCUGCCUUGUACUACAGAUGUAACUCAUUUGUAUAUUGCAGACAGACCCAAAGUGGCACUGAAUUUCCUUGCUCACCUUUUAAAAACUUGUUCCUUAAUUUUAGCCAGAAAGCGAAAAAACAAUAGUAAUGAUAAAUGUGAACAUUUUUGCUUAUUCAUUGAAUAUUUUUCUGUAAUUUUCAGCACUUAUAUGUACACUUUUCCUGUACUUACUAGGUUAAGACAGAUUUAUUUUUAUGAUUUGUUUAGGAAUUAUUUGAUUUUAUAAUGGUAAUUUUCAUGAUGAUAAUGUUUUUGGUUAUUUGGAAAGACGGUUUAGAGAUGAAAGGUUUUUUUGGGUAGCAAUCCCGCAGCGGACAAUAAAUGUGAAAUUUCCACAAAACACCCAACUUAUGUGACUAAACCCAAUAGUUUUUUUAAAAGGGAAGAUAGAAAAUAAAUCGUUUUGCUGGAGUGCAUUUUAGUAAGUCGUUGCAGUAAAAUGUUAUAACUACUAAAACAAAUUUAGUUUUCACAGCAUGGUUUUGUUGUUUUCCCCUUGUUUUUCUGAGGUAAAUUUUACAUUAUAUCCUUCAGUAUUUUAACACUAUUUUGGCAGUUUACACAUUACUUUUUGUUUUUCCUUCCUUUUUGUGAAAUGUAUUAAGUUGUGGUUCUUAUUGAAACAGUAUUAUAUAAUGUUUGCUUAAUUAUAUCAUGUGAUGCUCAGUUCUAUUUUGAUUUAUUCAUUAGUAUUCGCUUUUACCUUUAAAGUUUACUUGUAGCAAAUAUGUUUACAUUGAUAAAGCCAGAUAUGUUUUGACAAUGAAAUUUACAUAUCAAGUACUGCAAAUAAAAGGUGGUGCUAUGAUAUAUGCUUAGGAGGACAGUUUUAAUGAUUGUACUUGCAUGAACACAAUCAUAUGAUGGUAAAACAGAAACUUAAGAAACGAUUGUUUAUAUGUUAUGUUCAAUUAGCUUAAAUAAGUUGCUUUGUUAUAUUUUAUUUGACUUGAACUACGCUAGGCCUAAAUGCCAAUAAAAUAUACUUUUCACUGUU